AUGGCCGUAACUGGAGGCCAAGACGAUCCCUUCAGAGACCCUUCGCUGGCUCCUCAGCAGCACUCGCAGCCUGGAACUGCCGCCAAUGUUCCGGACACGCUCGCGGUUGGGCGCGAUGCCUCGCUGACGCUCGGGACGGACUCGCUGGUAGCAACUCGCUCGAUUCCCUUCUACAACGUGCUCUGGGCCGAACACUCGGAAAAUGGCGACGUGACCAUCCAAUACGCCCACGCCGUCUCCGCCAAAGUCGUGCGCCCAGCCAUGGUCAGCUACAAACUCGACAAGCCGGACAGCCGCCUGGCUGAGGCAUGGAUCGAGAAGCUGCUCGACCGCGCAUACGGCGCGUCGCAGCGACAGAAGCGCAUGAAGGUGCUGCUGAACCCAUUUGGCGGACAGGGCGGCGCUGUCACCAUGUACCACAAGUCGAUUGCGCCGAUUCUUGCCGCCGCGCGCUGCACACUGGACGUCGAGACGACACAGCAUCAGGGCCACGGCGUGGAUAUCGCGCAGAGCCUGGACAUUGAGGCCUACGAUGUCGUGGCAUGCUGCUCUGGCGACGGCAUCCCUCACGAAGUUUGGAAUGGGCUUGGGAAGCGACCAGACGCUGCGAGAGCACUGGCAAAGGUCGCUGUUGCACAACUGCCCUGCGGCUCAGGAAAUGCCCUGAGCCUCAACUUCAACGGCUCAGACAGCCCUAGUCUGGCAGCCCUCGCCGUUGUAAAGGGCCUGCGCACGCCCCUCGACCUCGCCUCGGUGACACAAGGCGACCGCCGCACCCUCUCCUUUCUCUCGCAGGCCGUCGGCAUCGUCGCUGAGACCGAUCUUGCGACGGAGCAUCUGCGCUGGAUGGGCAGCGCGCGCUUCACCUGGGGCUUCCUUGUGCGCCUGCUCUCCCAGACAAUCUACCCAGCCGACAUUGCCGUAAAAACCGUUCACGACAACAAGCCCGCCGUCCGCGAAGCCUACCGCGCCGAAGCCUCUAAGCCCGCACCCACUUCCGACUCACGCCCUGUGCCCGCCGCCGACACGGCCUUGCCGCAUCUCAAGUACGGCACCAUCAAUGACCCUCUGCCCGACACCUGGGAACUCAUCCCCCACGACCAACUCGGCAACUUCUACUGCGGCAACAUCGCCUACAUGUCGCCCGACGCAAACUUCUUCUCCGCCUCGCUCCCCUCAGACGGCUGCCUGGAUCUCGUCCGGAUCCGUGGCGACAUCGCGCGCAUGACGGCCAUAAAGAUGCUCAUGGCGGUCGAGAACCACACCUUCUUCGACAUGGAUGGCGUCGACUACCAGAAGAUCGAGGCGUAUCGUAUCAUCCCCAAGAACCAGGAGAGCGGAUACAUCAGCAUUGACGGCGAGAGAGUCCCGUUCGACGGGUUUCAGGUCGAGGUGCACAAGGGGUUGGGGACCGUGUUGAGCAAGAGCGGGCAUCUGUGUGAGGCGAGAGGUGUGUGA